UAAUGCUGCGCAAGGCAUACCGGGAAACCAACAUGGCGGGAUCGGACGAUAUUUUCCACCAGGCCGACUUUUGAACGUAACUUUUCCUCAGAAUUUAGCAGAGACAGCCUCUAAUUUUGACAGCAAGAGACCAUGUCUUCACCAUGUGAGAACCAGCCCAGUAUCAACAGUUCCCACAACAUGGCAGUGGAGUACACCAACAUGGGUGCUGAUCUCAGCACCGAGUCUCAAGAUGACCGUCCGUUCCGAGAGAUGAUGAUAGCCAGUGAGCUGAGCAGCAGUGUGGAUGAUCCUGACAUCACCAUCAUUAGGGACUAUACAUCCUCUAUGAGCAGUGCAGUCAAAGUAGAGAUCACUGAUGCUAACGACGCAGAGUUUAACUACAGUACUUCAGCAGCCCUCAGGAAGUGUAAGAAACAGGUUCUACAGCCAUAUGGGAGACUACUGGCUUUGAUUGGAUGGCGAGCGCUCGGUCGUGAGUCCAUCUCCAACAACCUUGGCUGGAAGGUGCUGAACGUACUGUACACCAUCUUCAUCCUGUUCCUCCUCAUCUUCUCCUACAUCUUCCAGGUCCUGGUGUGUCAGGGGAGGCUCAACAUUCACACUGAUGUUAAGGCUCCUACAGAAACCCCAGCCACACAGGUCCCACAGACAUCAAGCGUAACACCAUGGUCCAUCAAUGAGACCAACAUGUUCACAGCUCAAACCAUUCCUACAUCCACCAACGCCACGACGAUCGACGCCUACGCCCAGCCCGCGCAGUGUUCCCACGUCUUCACCACAUACGUCGUACCGGACAUCCUGCACUUCAUGGCCUACCUGCUAGGGUUCUUCUACUUCCGCAUACAGGACAAUGAACAGCUGUAUGCACUAAUGGAAAAGGUCUUCUUAAAAGCAUCUGUAGCUCAGUCUAGAAAUGUGUCCAGAGCUAAAAUGAUCCAAAUGUCAAGGAUAUACCUGAUAGCAGGUGCCUUGUGGGUAGUGUUGUCCCUUGCUGUACAGGGAGUGUUUGUAGCAGCCUUUGGUGUGGAUAAGAUGACUUUCCUGGGAACUGCUGUACAAUGGAAAGGCUGGCACAUCAUGCUGAUUUGUCUGCAGAUGUUGGGGGCCUUGGUGACUAAUGCAGUGAACUAUGCUGUAGUGGUUAACUACACCACCCAGUGUGAGAUGAUCAUCUACUACAUGAAGGGUAUCUUUAGACGACUGCAGGAGAAAUCAACCGACCUGAAGCUAGCCAUGCAUGAUAUCUUAGAUGCUGGGAAGUCCAUCUCCCAACUCAAUGGACAAAUUGCCAAGAUGACGUCUCUGUGUGCAGUCAACUUUGCUGAAUUAUCAAUUAUUGGUCUUGUGAUCCUGUUUCUGAACGAGUUCCACAGUGUGCUGAUCUGGGUCUACAGGGGGACCUUCCCCAUACUGUGGCUGGUUAUCCUCAUUGUGCCACUGGUGCAGGCUGCGAGACUGAACUCCACCAUCAUGAGUCUGAAGAGGAUCGGACUGGACAUGCGAGUGUUCGGGUACCAGAACUCCUCUCAGCUGGAGAGGGACUCCUUCUUACUCUUCCUACUCAACCUUAACUUCAAGGCCAAACUGUUCCAUAUCCCCAUCAAGCCAUCCUACCUGUUUGGUAUCCUGGUACUCGUGACCUUUACCCUCUUGUUGCUGCUUCAGACUAGUGUCAUUGGAGGGUCAAGCAUCUUCUUGUAAGGCCAACGGUCAUGGCUUCCGGUUGGGUCGUAGUUCAUUCUGGUUCUGGUGACCUUUACCCUUUUGCUGCUGCUUCAAACAAGUGUCAUGUCUAUCAUCUGCCUGUAGGGUCAAGGGUCAUGGAAGGGCUUCCUGUUGGGUCAUAGGUCAUAAUCAUGCAAUGUACUUACUGGUACAAGUCCUGUCAUAUGACUAAGCACAGCUAGAUGGUUUCUAUGAGCUGGAUUUCUUGUGAGGUCAUGAGUAAUUGAGAGCUCACAAUAAUACUUCCUGUGGGUUCACAGGUCAUGGUUGCACUUCCUGUAGGAAAAAAUGUUAUGGCUGUAGUUCCUGUGGGGUCAUAGGUUAUUGUUACACUUCCUGCAGGUCAAAAUGUUAUGGCUGUACUUCCUGCGGGGUCACAGGUUAUGGUUACACUUCAUGUUGGAGCAAACUUUUGUGUUGAGUAGUUUUGAGUUUUGUUACCAUCAUCAUUUUCGUAUGGUUAAAGUUAACAAUAGAAUUGUUUUCGGUUGUUAAGAUUAACGCUAGAAACAGUGUAGCAUUAUUUUGAUUUUUUAAGGUAUAUUUGCACAUUUGUCCUGUUUUGUAAUAUUAGUUAUUGUUUUUAGUGAUUACAAGUGAAAACUUAAUUUAUUUUCCUAUCCAAUGUCAAUUCCAAUGGAUUAUUUGAGUGAUCAUAAUUUUGAAGAGAGGUUAUUCUUAAGUUAAGGUCUGAGCCAUAAAAGAGUCGGUAAGAUGAUAUGUGAUAUAAGAAACAUAUGAAUUAUAUAUAUAUAUUUGAGAAGAACAAAUGAAUCUUCAACAAUCAACGCAAUUGGUUUUUGAACUGAGAAAAUCUCCUAUUCUACAAAAUACUUAUGCUUGUAUCUUUGCAUAGCAUAUAGUCUAAUAGGGACUAAAAAAUUGAUAAAGAAAUAGAUAACAAUAUAUGUGGCAAUGGAAGUAUGUAAAAGGAAAUUAUAUAAUGUACAUUCGUACAUGUAAAACUGUAAUAUAUUUGCCAUAGUGGAAAUAACUUCAGUGAAUUGAUGUUAUACGUGGAAAUGCAGAUACAAGUUAUUUUGUUAAAACUUGGAAAUAUGAUGAUAUAAUGCAAAUGCUCUAUUUUCUUCUAAUUACAAUACAUGAUAUAUAUCAUUGAACAAACAUCCCUUUGUAGAAUUACCAAAGAUUUAAUUGUAAAAACAAUAUAAAUAUUUCAUCCAUACAUGUAGUAUAUCAUAAACAAGUGAAAUAUCAUAUGAUGAUAUAGGAAUGUAAUGUAAAGAGAGGAAUACUGUAACUGCUGUAUUUAUAAAACAAAUAAAUACAUUGAAUUUUGA